GCCCUGGACCCGCGAGGGGCGGUGCCUUCCACCCGGCGGCGCACAACGGCCUGGGACGCGGCUCCAAAGCUGCUGCAGGGCCGCUUCCCUUCCCCUUCCCUCUCCUCCCCUCGCCCGCCACUGGGGCGCUGGCACUCGGGACGCCCCGCAUGGACUCACUGCUGCAUACGCUUGCUGGAGAGCAGCACCAGGGAGAAAAGAUGGAGCAGAGACCAGGCAAGACAACCCAUGCUCGGAGAAACCUCUUUGGACCCACAGACCAUGAGCAGCUGCAGCAGGACUUCCAGCGUGUGCUGCACAACAGCGUUGAGAGGGCUCAGCAGAAGUGGAACUUCAAUUUCCUGUGGGACACACCAGUGGAGGGGCUUCUGCGGUGGGAAGAGCUUGAGGGCCGCGAGGUGCCUGCCUUCUACCACACCUGCGUGGUGAAAGGUGCUCAGAGACCUCUGCAGCACUUAAACUGGCCCCUGGGAAGGGCAGACAAUAAUCCCCACUUUGCCCAGGUGGUACUGACUGAGAAACCUCAAAUUUCCAAGAAAACAGGGGGCAAGAAGAUCUCAGAAGGGAAGAAAAGAAGACAGGCAUCUUUGACAGAUUACUACUCAGCAAAGAAGCGAGGCAAAACGAAUAUGCAAGGUGCUGCAAAAAAGUCAACUUCUUGAAAGCAAGGAGAGGUUUGCUCUUCACCAGAGAGGCUAGAAACAUCUGCCAAGCUUUGUCAACCUUCAAAAAUCAGGUGUGCAGGCUGUGGAUGCUUAGGAGUAUCCCACAGAGAUAUAUUUCUGACAGCAGCAGUGAAAAAAGAAAAUACUUUCAUUGGGAUGGGGUCAGGCCAAUCCAACUGGAACCACUUAGAUAAUAAAUAACUGGCCUUAAAAAAGCUGGCAAGCAAGUUUGGACACUAAAGAAAAUUGGCUAAGUCUAGUAGUUUAAUGUGCAUUAAAAAUCAUUGUACAUAAGAAAAUGUUAAGCAGUUAAAACAACUGUAUACAUUUAAUAACAUGCUUGGACAAGUUACUGUAAAGUUUGGGUCUUUGAUAUUGUCAUGUCUUUAUAUUUGGUUUUAGCAGGGAUGGCUUACUAAGCUCUACCGUUUCAGUCUGAUACACUACAAAAAAAAUUCCCAAGCCUUUCAGUGAUUUAUUUUCUUUUUUCCUCCAGGUACAGAAUUUUGUGCUUGCAACUAUUCAGGGCAUAAGUAACAGCAU